AACGGGGAUGAGAGUGUAAGGCGGCCUUGGAGCGGAGAGCGUAAAGAGAGCGUCAGGACCAGAUGGAACUAAGAAGUGGGGAGAAAGCGGACGGCGGUAUGGUAAUGGAAACCAGGUAUUGUACCUUUUCUGUCCCUUUUCCUUUCCCUUUUUGUUUAUUACUCUUUGGGACAAGGAGUGUAGAAACUGGGGAUUCAAAGAGAGUGAAGGAGGGUAAGGCCCACUGAAGAUUAACGAAUCUCACCCGGCAAAGAACAAUAAUCAGGAAUUAAUUAAAGAGGUCUGAAGAAAC